AUGGCCCCGGGCGUUACGUCAGACCUUCCGGUCCAGUCGCUCCCUUCUCAGGACGGCCCUACCAAGACGAAAUCCUACCCGAAACCGUUGAGACUCAGCGGUGCCUUGGACAAAUUUGCCUUUGAGGAGACUACUCCCGUGAUUGGACGCGAGUAUCUGGAUGUAAAUAUCGUCGACAACCUCCUGAACGGCGAAAAUGCGGACGACCUGCUGCGAGAUCUGGCUAUAACUAUUUCCCAGCGUGGUGUCGUCUUCUUCCGCAAGCAAGAUAACCUCACGGAUGCUUUGCAGAAGAAGCUGGUCCAUCGUCUUGGCCAGCUGGCCGGCAAACCAGCCGACUCAACUCUUCAUAUUCAUCCUGUCUUUAACAACACCUCUGAGUUUGGAGUUGACGAUGCAGAGAUCAGCACCAUUAGUUCUGCGCAUCGCAAGGAGUUGUUCAAGUUUAAGACAGAAGCUGAGAGAAGGAAGUCUGAUGCUGCAGCUUGGCAUUCCGAUAUUCAAUUUGAGGGUGCGCCAGCCGACUAUACUUCGCUGCGUCUGACCUUGCUGCCCAAGACUGGCGGUGACACUCUCUGGGCUUCCGGAUAUGAGAUCUACGACCGUUUCUCAGCGCCAUACCAGAAGUUCUUGGAGGGACUGACGGCGACAUUCAGCGGCGAUGGCUUCCUCAAAGCUGCGGAGGCAAACCCGGAAAAGACUAAGAUUUACGAGGACGAGCGUGGAAGCCCUCUCAACGUAGGCAAGGCGCUGACAGCCGUCCACCCCGUUGUCCGUACGAAUCCGGUCACCGGGUGGAAGAGUAUCUUCCCGAUAGGCGCAUUUCCAAAGCGCAUCAACGAGUUACACUCGGACGAGUCUGAUGAGCUGCUGAGGAAGUUCAAGCAAGUCAUUACCGAGAACCAUGACUUGCAGGUUCGUUUCAAGUGGCGCAAUGCGAAUGAUAUCGCGAUCUGGGACAAUCGCAGUGUUUUCCACAGUGCCACUUUUGACUACGACCACCUUGGUGAGCGCACUGGCAACCGCGCUGUUGGAAUCGGAGAGGCACCGUACUUUGAUCCUAACAGCAAAUCGAGAACCGAGGCACUGGCAGAGGCUGCUGCGUAA